AUGGCAGGAGAACCACCUUAUAAUCCACCGCCUCAUUCUUCCGGCGCUGACCCCUUUCGCGCACAGGAACUCAUCGCCAAGCUACGUGACUCCUCGCCCGCGCAGAAGCGCAUGUCGACCGGCCCAGCGCCGGGUGCCGCCGCGAGCAUUGUCGCGCAAGCCACCGGCGGAGGUGGACGCGCGCGUGCCACCUCUAACGCCGGCAAGAUUCACGUCCAGGGUUCCAAUGCCAACGUCACGCACACCAUUAACGAGGAUGAGCGCACCGAGUUCACUCGUCACAUCAAUGCCGUCCUCGCGGGCGACCCUGAUCUCGGCAGCCGACUUCCCUUCCCCACCGACACGUUCGAGAUGUUUGACGACUGCAAGGACGGUCUUGUUCUCGCCAAGCUGAUCAACGACAGCGUGCCGGACACCAUUGAUGAGCGUGUUCUCAACUUGCCGGGAAGGAAGAUCAAGACCCUCAAUGCCUUCCACAAGACCGAGAACAACAACAUCGUCAUUGAAUCUGCCAAGGGUAUCGGCUGUUCCGUCGUCAACAUUGGCAGUGGCGAUAUCAUUGAGGGCCGCGAACACUUGAUUCUCGGUCUCAUCUGGCAGAUUAUCCGUCGUGGUCUGCUUGGCAAGAUUGAUAUCAAGUUGCACCCCGAGCUUUACCGACUUCUCGAGGAGGACGAAACUCUCGAGCAGUUCCUCAGGCUGCCCCCUGAGCAGAUCCUUCUGCGCUGGGUCAACUACCACCUGAAGGCGGCUAACUGGCCGAGAAGGGUGAACAACUUCUCCAGCGAUAUCAAGGACGGCGAGAACUAUACUGUUCUGCUCGCCCAGAUCGGAUCCGAGUACGGCAACACGCGCGCGCCACUGCAGACCAAUGAUCUCCUGCAGAGGGCUGAGCAGGUUCUCGAGAAUGCUGACAAGAUGGGAUGCCGCAAGUUUCUGACUCCGACGUCGCUCGUGGCCGGCAACCCCAAGCUUAACCUGGCUUUCGUCGCGAACCUAUUCAACAACCACCCUUGCCUCGACCCCAUUACCGAGGAGGAGAAGCUCGAGGUCGAGGAUUUCGAUGCUGAGGGUGAGGCGCGAAGCUCGGACGGAACCAUCCUGCUCCAGGCCUACGACAAGGUCAUCAAGGGCUCGGUGAACCAGCGACACGUGAACAAACGCCCCGCCCACGGCGGCGAGGUGUCGAGGUUCAAGGCUGUGGAGAACACCAACUAUGCGAUCGAACUUGGCAAGCAAAACGGGUUCUCCCUCGUCGGUAUUCAAGGAGCCGACAUCACCGACGGUCAAAGAACCCUCACCCUCGGCCUCGUUUGGCAGCUGAUGCGCAAGGACAUUACCCUGACCCUGUCGGCGCUUGCGCAGCGCCUAGGGAAGAGGGAAAUUACAGACUCCGAGAUGGUACGCUGGGCCAACGAAAUGUCAAAGAAGGGCGGCAGGAACUCGGCCAUCCGAUCUUUCAAAGACCCAUCGAUCGGCACCGGCAUCUUCCUUCUAGACGUCCUCAAUGGCAUGAAGAGCAGUUAUGUGGACUACGACCUCGUGACGCCGGGCCACACCGAUGACGAUGCGUACCUCAACGCCAAGCUCAGCAUCAGCAUUGCUCGAAAGAUGGGAGCUACCAUUUGGCUGGUGCCGGAGGACAUUUGCCAGGUCCGCAGCCGACUUGUCACCACCUUUAUCGGCUCUUUGAUGGCAACAUCGGAAAGGAUGUAG